AUGGCUGUUAAAGGUUUAGGAGAAGUUGAUCAAAAAUACGACGGUUCCAAAUUAAGAAUUGGUAUUCUUCAUGCCAGAUGGAAUAAAAAAAUUAUUGAUGCAUUGGUGGCAGGAGCUGUCAAGAGAUUGCAAGAAUUUGGUGUUAAAGAGGAAAAUAUUGUUAUUGAAACUGUUCCUGGUUCAUUCGAAUUACCAUACGGAUCUAAAUUAUUUGUUGAAAAACAGAAACGGUUAGGUAAACCAUUGGAUGCUGUUAUUCCAAUUGGGGUUUUAAUCAAAGGAUCUACUAUGCAUUUUGAGUAUAUUUGUGAUUCAACCACUCAUCAAUUGAUGAAAUUGAACUUUGAAUUAGGUAUUCCUGUUAUUUUUGGUGUCUUGACUUGUUUGACAGAUGAACAAGCUGAAGCUAGAGCUGGUUUGAUUGAAGGUAAAAUGCACAACCAUGGUGAAGAUUGGGGUGCUGCU